AUGGACAUGGGAGGCCUCUGGUCUUGGUGCUGGGUCUGCUCUCUUUUCCAGGUGAUCCUAGGAGUGCCCUUAGCCUCCUGCUGCCCAGGAGCCUGUGGGACCAGUUUCCUAGAAGACCUCACUCCUGAGGGGACCCAGACAUCCUGGGACAAGGACAUCCCUGCAAUUAAUCAAGGACUCAUCCCAGAGGAAACCCCAGAGAACAGCUUCCUCCCUGAGGGUGACAUCCUUGGACCACUGCCCUCUCUCCUGAGUCCCUUCCAGCUGUUUUCCACUCCCAACAAAAAAUGGCCCAAGAGUGGUGGUGUUGUAGAGGUCCCCUUCCUGCUCUCCAGCAAGUACAAUGAGCCCAACCACAAGGUGAUCCUAGAGGCCUUUGCUGAGUUUGAACGCCUCACGUGCAUCAGGUUUGUCCCCUACCAGGGCCAGAGAGACUUCAUUUCCAUUGGCCCCAUGUCAGGGUGUUUCGCCAGUGUGGGACGCAAUGGAGGGAUGCAGGUGGUAUCCCUGGCACCUCCCUGUCUCCGGAAGGGCAAGGGCAUCGUCCUGCAUGAGCUCAGGCCUGUGCUGGGCUUCUGGCACGAGCAUGCCCAUGCUGACCGGGACCGCUAUAUCCGUAUCAAUUGGAAUGAGAUCCUUCUAGGCUUUGAAAUAACCUUUGUCAAAUCUUGGACCAGCAACAUGCUGGUGCCCUAUGACUGCUCAUCAGUGAUGACCACAGGAGGUCCCUGCCCGGUGGGUUUCAGAUUUGCCUUCAGCCGCUGUGGGCUCCCCACUUUCGUGCCGCUUUGGGCCCCCGAUGUCUACAUUGGCCAGCGAUGGAACCUGAGCAGCUUGGACAUCACGCAGGUCCUCAGGCUUUAUGACUGUAGUCCGAGUGGUCAUGGGCCCCGUGGCAGAGCACAGGGGAGCUCAAGGUCGGGAGCCGGUGCUCCUGGUAUUACCCUGGAGCAUUCCUGGCUAGCACAAGUGCCCACUUUCCCCCCAGUCCCAUCUCUGGGUGCAGACCAGCCUGCAUCUACUGUGCAGGCUGAUUUGGAAGGGGGCUACUGA